UUGUCGACAAAGGCGGUUGAUUUUGAUUACCCAAAUUUUUUAUAUUCAUUAGGAAUCGUCUCAACAAAAAAAGAUACCAACAUGUGCAAGUGCCUAGCCGGAAACGUAGCCUGCUGCUGCUUCAACUGUGCACUUAGUGUGCUAAUCUCAAUCAUCAGUGGAUUUCUGGUGAUCGGCAUUGUGGUCGGCUUGGCCAUCUACUUCAUUGCCUACUACGAAAAGGAGGAUGAUGUUACCAAGCUAACCAACAAAGUAACCGAAAAUAUCCAGUCUGGAUACGAUAAAAUCAAGGAUGCCCUAAGCAAAUAAAAUCAUCUAUGAUUAGUACACUGUGAAAAAUGUUGCAGGCUUUGCAUAAUUCCAUUCAUCCAGAUUAAUUGCCACCAAUUUACAGAAACAAACACCGCUGGAGCCUUUUAGAAGAGAAUAACUGUUAAACUGUUUCAGUAUCAGUACAAAUAAAUAUUACAACACCUUCUAACUACAUAUAUUGUGAAUCUCCAGCUAAUGCAAAAGAUGUUUUAACGCAAAAGAUUUUUUAUAUAUAAAUAUUUAUGAUGUUCAAACGCAGAUUAUAUUACUUAAA